AUGGCUACCAAAGACAACUGGUCUUCCGAUCUAUAUUCUACAAAUGCCUCAUUUGUUCCCAAACUUGGAUCAAUUAUAUUAGGCAUGCUCGAUGCUAAACCUUCUGAGCACAUACUUGAUCUUGGCUGUGGCGAUGGAAUUCUCACUGCUUCUCUUGGCGAUCAAUGUGCCUCUGUUGUGGGAGUUGACUUUAGCUCGGACAUGAUCGAACAUGCAAUCAGUAGCAACAAGCAUAACAAUAUCAAGUACUGUGUUGUCGACGGUCACUAUCUUCCGGAAUGGUUUGACAAAUCCAAUCAAUCGUCUUUUGAUGCAGUUUUUUCUAAUGCAGCCCUUCAUUGGCUCAAGGAACCUGUCAAGGCUAUUAAUGGGAUGCACCAUGUUCUCAAGCCUAAUGGGCGUGCAGUUUUGGAGUUUGGGGGACACAUGAAUGUUGGAGAAAUCCACACUGCUUUGAUUACUGCUUUGAGUAAACGGGGUUUUGACGGCAAAGCUCUUUCACCAUGGUUUUUCCCAUCUGCCGAGUAUUAUUCUGAUCUUCUGGAGCAGAAUGGAUUUGAUGUUGCUACGUGCGAGUUAGUGCCUCGUAUUACCCAGUUGGACACAGAUAUUAAGGGUUGGAUCAACACGUUUGGAUUCUCGUUCUUUAAGGAUCUGACCGAUGUCGAAAAGGGCCAAAUAAUUGAUGAAGUGGUCGAACACUUGCGACCAGGCUAUCAACGUGAAGAUGGCAAAUGGUUUGUGAUGUAUGUCCGUUUGCGAGUAAUUGCUCACAAGAGAUCCAUUUGA